GCGCCGAAUGAACGAACAAAAAAAGUCAAUGCACUCGUCCGCUGACGCCCGGCUGUAGUGUGCGUGCGUACGUUACGUCGUGUCUCACCAUUGCUCGCACGCUCUUCGUACUCUUUCUCUCUCUGGCUGUCGACGCCGCCACGGUAAAUCGUCGUGGCUUUCAUACUGUCGCUGUAAAGAACAUCGACUCGUGGCGUGGUGUGUACGCGACAAACUUUCGUCCCCAAGUCCGAUUCCGUGGUGCACGCACAAACUCCCGCUUGUCCAACGACCGCCGCUCCGCUCCGUCAGGUACGACACACUCGGCGAUAAUAUUGAAAUUAAUCCGGCCAUUAAUCAAUUACCGAACCGUUGUACCGUCAGGCGCGGUGUUGGCCCGUCGUCGUCACUGAAAUUCGUAAUUUUAUUUAUUUUUUUCUACACACACGAAUUAUAUUCACAACCGAUACCUAAUCCGUAGUACAUGUCUGUGCGUUUGGCCGCCGCCGCAGCCGUCCGACAAAACCAACGGAAUCCGCAGUGCACACCGCCGCCGUAGCCUCGAACCACCGCGUCGUUUUUGCAGCCUUUUAUCGUCGUCGUAAUUCCGUAAACGCGCCACUCUUCCGCACGUAUCGUUACCACUAUAUAUACACCUAUUUAUAUAAUAUAGAGAAAAAAAAAAAAAAAAUAAUUACCACCACACGCCAGUCGCCGCGCCGCCGACGGGUGUCUGUACUCUGUUCAGUCGACACCGCGCGACCGUAUUUCGCUGCCGGUUAACGCGUUUCCAUAAUUCGCCCGUUCGCGAGCCCGUCCCGUCGCAAGGACGCGUCGCGCCACACCGACGACGGCCGCCGCAAACCGCACUACACAGUCCGCUGCAACGGCACCACGACGUCGUCUCACUGGCGACAAAUCGCACUCAACAGCGGCGCAGUGGCAGCAUUCGUCGUCAUCCACCACGUACACUCGUCGACGUUACGCGCAUCCCGAUUCCACGUGAACGGCGAUCAUGGCCGGUAAUUAUUAUUUUCAGAUCGUUGUUUUUCGAAAAAGUAACCGCGUAAUUCAGGACAGUGAUUUUAGUCGCGUUACGAGUUAGGGACGUCGUUACGAGUUAGGGACGUCGUUACGAGCUAGGGACGUCGUUACGAGCCGACCGUACUCACCCCAAUCGCUGAUAUUGGACCGAAAACGCCAGAGCCGAUUUCGCGUCCCCCGCCGCGUUUCGAUCUCUCCGUGUAUUCCCCGUUCUCGUUAACCCUUUCGCCGGUCGCAUCUUCCGUACCGGAAAAUAACCGUACUGGCCCGACCUUAGGUUUUAUAGGCUAAUCGCGAAGAGAGAGAGAAAAAACCGUUUUGUUUUAUAGGUUAUGUAAAUUUUCGUGCGUUCUUAUGUUGCGAAACGGCAGGGUGCUCGCGGAGAAAGUCUCGGUAAUAAUAGUAGUGCAAUUUCCACUUAAGAUUUGUCGUACAUUAGAAAUGAUUCAUUGUCCAUAUCUGUUUCGUACACAUAGGUAUAUGUACAAACAUUGGCAGUUCCGGAUUAUCACUGAAACGUAUUUCAUUUAUGUUUCCCACGAGUGGACGGAUCGCAAGAAUACGCUGUAUAAACCCUCAAAUAAUAGAUUAUUCCCGAAGCUACCUAUUUUAAUCACGCUGUAAACUUGCACUUAUUUAAUAGGAAUAUUUCUAUCGGUUGACUCGAUCCCGAUAUUCGGUUCACUUUCUUUUCUAAUUUCAGUUAGGUUACAUAUUAUAUACUUAUCUAUUUAACCUAUUUACGCCCAAGGUUAAAAAUGUUUUUUUUUUUUAAAUUCCUGUUUACUGGAUUAAUCCUACUAACAAGUACUUUCGCUCCUGGGAAAUUAAUAAUAUUUUCAUAACAAAAAAAAAAAAAAAUUGUAUGUCAGUUGGUACAACAUGUUUACCACGCGCUAAAACUAAAUAAUAGUUUAUAUAAAAGCGUGUGCAAAUUGUAGAUAAACAAAACAUUUCAAUUUACUCUAAAAAUAACGCCACGGUGACUGAAAAAAUACGCCUUUUUACAAAAAUCGUUUUUAUAAUAAUAAAACCAGUUUUGGUACGCUCGCCGUCACGUAGCAGAUAACAACCGAUCGGGGAAAAACAAUUCUAAAAAUAUAUACGAUAAUUAUGACUAAUACUGCGCGCAGGACAUUGGGCACAUCAAUGGGUUGAGGGGUACCUUUUAAACCAAUUUUUUAAUGCUAUCAAUCAUCAAUACUUACAUUACGUAUCAGUGAUGCGCUCGGAAAUUGUUGUCGAGUCGAUUCUGGGCCGCCGUUCAGUAACGAAGAGUUUUUGACUUGAUGGUCGCUCUAGCAACCCAAGAAAAAUGUGUAGGUUCUUUUAACUUUAUUGCAGGGUUGCCACUGUCAUUUUUUUGUAACUCAUUAAAAGUCCAUUUUUCAGCAAAAGUCACUAAAACAUAAGUACUUCAAAAUAAUAAUUACUUAUUAUUAAUUUUCUUAAAAUGCUUUUUUAUUUUUUCCAUAAAUCUGUACCUAUUUAGUUAUUCCCCUAUAAUUCAUAGUGUUUCCUUUGUGAAUCGGGCGCAUUAUUACCAGGGUUGGUAAUAUACGCGAGUGAAACGUUUUAUAGAUUACCCGUAUAAUACCCCACGUAUAAAACGUAUCGACUUUAUACAGGCUAAGAUAUUAUUAUUAUUUUUUUUUUUAAGUUUAGUACAAUAGUGAAUAAUAUUGUACAUUUUAAAUUUUAAUAAAUGUUAAAACUUAUAAAUUAAUAAAACAAAUUAACAAAUCACAUCAACUUGGUGAAUUUUCCUAAAUUAUUGUAAAUAAUAUUAUGUAGUAGGUAUUAUAAAUAUUAAUGUAGUUAUUAAUAAAGGAUAAAUACGAACUUAGCAAUUAAUUUAAGAUACAUAAAAUGAUGAUUAAAUUCAAUUGACAAUUAUUUUAUUUGAUAAUUUCUGUUCAAUUACAGCCAAAACAAUUGUAUACAGUAUAAAACGUGUACAACUAAUAAUUUCAUAUGUUUCAUAUAUAUGUAUAAUACGUUUUUUUUAUACAUUACUGUAUUAUACGUUCCAAAUCUGAUUAUUAUUUAGAUUACUUAUGUUUCCAUCUUUACACACUGAUAUUAUUAAUCAUCAUCAUAAUUUUCAUUAGACAUCUUUGAUAAAUAUGUUAACAAUUGAGAGUGAUGGCCCUACUAUUAUUAAAAAAACAAUUAAACUAAUAAUAAAGAAUUGUCAAGCCUCAUUAAGUAUAGUUAGAUAGAUAUUGGUACUUUUGAUAUAAAUACUGACAAUGAUUCGUUUUGAAACAAUUUAGAAAAACUCAUGAUAAGAGUAAUCUGAGUAUUGUAUUUCUGUUUUACAUAUUUCCAUGCAUUUGCAAGUAGAUUGGGGAUGCCAGAUUUCAAAAUAAAAAAUAUGACACAAAACUAUAACGUAGAACAUUCAAUACCUAUUAAGUUGUGCCCAAAAUUAUUUUUGAGUUUAUUAAAAAGAUUAUUUUUUCUCCACCUUUGAACCCCAUCGAAAUUGGUAUUGUUGUUAUCCGUUAAUAGGGCAAUAAUUUUUUUUUUUUUUUUUUAUCAGUUUUCCAAGUUUAUAAUAAUGUCCGAACAUAAUUUGUUUACUGUUCUGCUGUUUUCCCAGGCAAAUCGGUGAAUUCAUGAAUAAUUGUUUGCAAGCCACUUUCCGGAGAAAAAUAUCUGACUAAUAAAUGAACCAUUUUUAAAUCUAUAAUAUUAGAAUAAUCUAUCAAAUUUGAAACAAAAUUUGCAUUAUUCAAUUUGGUUUUCAAUAUUUCAACUGCGUAUGGAUAUAAGACAUUGACAAUUACUGCUUUAGUUUUAUUACGACUAAAAUGUGUACAACAAAUACAUCUUGUAGUACAUUUUAGUUAUCAAUUGUCACCUACAGUCUAUAGAUAUUAAACUAUGGUUAUGCUGGCAUAGGUGAAAAGCCCACGUUCCUUUUUUUUGCGUACAAUGAUUUAUUACCAAUUAUUUUUGUAAAAUAAUUGGUAACUGAAUUACCUUUUUCUGAUUCAACAGUAAGCCCAUGGCGUUUAGUAUAAAUUAAUGUGAUGAGUUAUGUCAGAUUUUCCUUUUUGUUCAAUACUAAAAAUUGCUCCAUAUUUGAUGCAUUAAAUUUUGUCGAUAUUUCUUGGCUUCAAACAUAUUUUUAAAAACUCAUAUUCUUUUUGAGAAUGUUCAUUGAAAAUGCACUUUCUUUUAUGGUUCGGCAUAAUUUAUAAUAAACAAAAUAUAGGUGAAGAACAGAAACGUCAGAAACGCAGUAUUAAUUUUUUAAAAUAAUUAUCUAUCAAAUGACAGUAUUAACUAUUGAUGCUGAUAACUGAAUAACUGAUAAGAAACAAGUGCGGAGUAGUUCACAAUGUGGACCUGUGGUAUUGAUGUUAGAACUGGUUUCCGAAUCGAUUACCGUACUCGUAAGUGGUGGGAACGUAGCAUUUAUAUUAUCAGUGGUUAAGAAAUGUUUCAUUCUUGACAUUUUAUUAUUUGAAAACACGUUUUGAAUAUUAUAAUAUAUUUAAAUACAAAACAAUGUUUAAUUAUAAUUUACCGAACAUACGGCACGUGAGUUUCAUUAUAUGGGACAUUUUUAUGAUAUUACAUCUUGUUAUUACAUCCGAAUUACUGGAUGUUCCCGUAUAAUUUGGGACGAAUGGCAUCCCUAUAGUAGAAUAGAAGAUUAUGUAAGUACUCAACCUAAAUUAAAUGUUUUUGUCAAAAAGUUUACUAAAGUUUCUUAAAAUUCAUUCCUAUUCAAACAUCAGUAUUGUGCUAAGACAAAUUCUUUCUGUGUUGAGCUCCCUUAUCAGUAUUAUCUAUAAAAUAGAAUAAAUAUUUGUUAUUAAUAGUUAAUACCUAGAGCAGUUAUGUUUAGUAAUUUUAUUCCAUAUUUUGUAUAAUUAAUUGCUAGUUCUCAUUGUAAAUAUAAUACCUAUGUUAAAAUUACAUUUUGUAAAUACUUAGUAGUAGGUAUGACUUAUGGCAGGAUAAAUACUAUAUACUAAAUAUAGACUAAAAAUAAUCUUUUACCAUUAAGUUAUAUUGUUAUAAGCAAGGUUCUAGGUGAUUUAAUUUAUAGUCACUUAAAAAAAUUUAAUAAAAAAGAUAAAUAGGCAUAUCUUAGACCUGUAUAAAAUCAUAUUAUAGCAUGUUGUAAAAUAUAUAAUCAAAAAGUCCUCUUUUUUGUUCAAUUAUUCAAUAUUAAAAAAUAUAAGAGUUUUCUAAACCAGAUAAAAAUAUUUAAAAAGUGAAGUAAUUUAGACAGGUACCUACAAAUUAUAGAAAUUGUCUAACCACUACCAGUUGAUAAACUUAUAUAAUGAACUAAAAUAAAAUAUUAAUCUGCUUGUACUGUAUGAAUUUAUGUUUAUAAAUUUUUAUAAUUAAUUAUACAAAUAUUGGAUAUUAGCACCCUAAUAUAAUUUCAAUUAAAAACUACCUAUCUAUGGGUCAUUUUUAAAAUAUUAUCAUCAUUUUAUUAACUAUUUUCAAGCUACAAUAGUGGUAGUUCCACUGUAUUUUAGUUUAAUUAACAGUUAGUAAAGUUCAGUGGAACAUUGUAACAAAAUCAUUUGAAUUUUUUUUUAAGUUCUGUAUGGUGUAAUUUUUAUAGCAAUGUAUAUGGGCUAUUUAGAUUAUAUCUAAAUACCUAUAUAGAGACAAGUUUAUGCAAGUAUAAUAUCCUAAUGUUUCUUGUAUUUUCAUAGUUUUCCACAAAAGAAUACUCACUUUUUGAGUGCCGUGUUUGACAGGCUGUGACAGCUUCAGCGGCACCAGACUCAAUUUCCCUCCCUAAAAACCAUAAACUAUGGAAAGUCUUAAAAUUAAUGGUUGCUGUUGUCUCUAUAGGAAUUCUCUAAAUAACGGUCAUUAUUUCUGGUCCCUUCAGUGACAAUAACAUGGAAGUUUUACUGUAAUAUCAAUGAAUAUUUUUAUUUAUCAACUUACAAUUAUUAUAAAUAUUAAAUUAAGUUAGUUACCUAUCUAUGUAAAUUAGUUUUUGUAGAAAAUUCAUAAAAUUGUAAGUAUUUAAAUAAUUGUGGGUAUGAAUUUUUUUACUUGUAAAAUAUAAGUACUAUUUCUAUUUUGUUUUGCUUUAUGUGAAUUUAAUUUUAUAUUUUAUUCGUUUGUUACAGAAGAUCGAGAAUCCUCGGAUAGAAAAUCUGAAAAAUCAAAGAAGCGUGAUAGGGUUAGUUACUAAAAUAUUGUUUUAAUUUUUUGUUUUUUUAUUUAUAUUUUAACUUAUUUAAUGUAAAUAUGUCCAUACUAACCAUUAGUUUUGGUACUUGUGGUAUACACUUUACCCACAAUUUCUAUUCUACCAUUUUUAACGACAAUAUUAUUACUGAUCCUAUACUUACUGAAACACAUAAUCAAGAGUACAAAAAUUUAAGCGAAUCAAACUUUUUUGAAUUAAAAUCUAGUGGUUAUUUGGAACCCAGGUCUAUUUUAGUAGAUAUUGGAGAUCCAAAUAUUGGUGAUAUUUUAAAUCAAUCAAAGAAUUGUCAUUGGGGAUUUGGAAAAAAUGCAUUGGGAUUUAAUCACAUUGAAGGCUCCACAAAUAAUUGGUCAUACUGUUAUUAUAUUAAAGGUCCUGAAAUGUUUGAAGAUGUUUCAAGUAGAUUAAGACUUGAAAUAAAUAAAAUUGAUAAAAUUGAAUAUUUUUUAAUAAUUUUGUCACCUUCUGGUGGUUGUGCUGGAUCUGCAUGUUUUAUACUUGAAAAAUUAAAACAUGAUUAUCCAAAAAUUGUAUUUAUUAUAGUUUUUAUAAUGCCUUAUCAAUCUAAAGAUGCUAUCCAAAAUUAUAAUACUUCAUUUACUAUUAACAAGUUGUACGGCGUAUCAGAAUGUAUUUUUUUAUUUGAAAAUUCUGUUUUGCAUGAAGUAUGUCAAGCGGGCCAUCCUGAAGUCAAAGUCGCAUUCGAUGACCUUAAUCAAAUAGGCUGCAAACAAUUGAUAUCUGUUCUGCAACCUAUAGAAAAUCAAACGUUUCCUUAUUUUCUGUCACUUGUACAAAAUAAUCAAAAAUAUAAAUUUUUAAAAUUAAUGUCUUCUCCAAAUUACAGAAGAGAAUAUUCUUCAUAUGAAUCUACUCCGAGAUGGGAAGCAAUUAUUAAUCAAACUAUACGGUCUUUGAAUUUAUCACCUUGUGUAUCACUUGGACAUUUUAUAAUUUAUAGAGGAAAUACUUUGGAUGGCACCGGUAAACUUAAUUUUACUGGGAAGUUGAAUACUUUGUCUUUUUCUAAACAUAGUUUGGAGGCAAAUAAGUAUUUACAGUUAUUUCAAAAAAGACAUUUUUUGGGUUCCAAGUACUUGAGUGUUUUAUCAAAUAAUUCUACUAAUGUUUCUGCCUUAAAUUCUGUAGUAAAAUUAGCUAAUCGAGCUUAUUCCCAUAAAGCCUUUGUUCAUCAUUAUAUUCAAUAUAACACAAAUAUGAAUGAUUUUAAAGAUGUUUUUUCUAAUGUAAACCAAAUUAUUAAUGAUUAUUACAAGUUGGAGUGAUUUAUAAUUUCUUACUAGUUUAAUUAAAAAUGUUAAGUUUAUUAAUAUGUAGAUCUCAACUUAUCAAUCAAUAUUUUCUAGUCGGCACAAAUUAGUGUUAAUGUGUUCCUAGAUAUUAUUUUCACCUUUUUAUUCCUAUUUUGUACCAUUAAUUACUUGUAUAUUAGUAGUAAUGUAGUAGACAAAUCUUUUAUACCUAAUAAAAUUAUUUUUUUUUUUUAAAUUUAAGUGCACCAAAAUUGUAUACAAGUUUAGUGUCAUUUAAAAUGAAUAAUAAAUACACAUUUUUAUGUUUUUUAUUAUUGUUGAUAUAUAUUUUGUUCUCAUCCCACAUUUAAUUUAAUUUUAGUUAAAAUCUUAAUUAUUAAAACUAAUUAAUUAAAAUUAAUUAUUAUUAUCAUAAUUGAUAUGGUAUUAAUUUAAAUAUUAUACUGAUUUAAAAUGCAUUUCAUUGUAAGUGUUUUUUUAUGAAGUAGAUGUAUUAAGACUUGGUAACAUAUCAAAUAUAAUUAUAGGUAGGCACAUGCUAAUACUAAUACAUUAGGUUUUAAUUUUGAAACUUUAAGUGAAAUAUUCAACCUAAAAAAAAUUAAUAAUUUAAUUAAAAUUCCAUAUACGCCUAUUCAACAACUAUUACCUAAUGUUAUUCAUUUUAUUGUAUCUAUAGUAUUUGUGUGACCUAAAAUAUUUUUUUUAUAAUCAGUUAUCAGUUAGUGUUUUAAUCAUCACAAGUGUUCGGUUAUUUAAAUAUUUGUUUAUAUUUAUUUUUGUUUCUCAACAUCAACAGACAAUUUUCUCAUUUUUUUUUUACGAGCGAUUCAUAACUCAGUUGUACACCGAUCAAGUUGAAUAGGUGUACGUGAGAGUUUAAUAUAAACCAAAGGUAACAUUUUUAAAUAAUGUACACAAGGCCUUUUUUUGUUUAUCACUAUUUAACAAUUAUUGGUUAUAAACUUUAUAUUCUUCUUUAUUUUAUACUUACUUUAUAAGUUAUGGUAAUAAUUUUUUUUUACAUAAUGUACAAUUUUGGUUUGGUAAUAAAUUAUAAUGAUAAAAGGGGCCUAUAUCAUUUCUUUAAUAUUAUUCUAAUUUUUAUAUUUUUGUUUUCUACAGGAACACAAAAAAAAUGGUCACAGUAAAAAAGAGAUAAAACGAGAAUACAAAGAUGAGCCUUCUUAUGAUUCAGGCUAUCAUUCCCAAAUUAAGAAGGAAUACAAAGCAAAUCAUAGCAUUAAAGAAGAAAAUUAUUCAGACAAUGAUGAUUAUACCAGCCAUAAGAGGAAACAGAGUGAUGAUGAUGAAUAUUCAGUUAAACAAGAAAUGGCAUCUGAAUCUGAUGAUGAUGUACCUUUGUCUAAUAGAAAAAGAAAACACUCUGCUAGUAGUGAAGAUGAUGUUCCUCUGAGCGCCCGAACAAAGCAUGUUAAAAAAGAACAUAACAGCAGUCAUAAAAAACAUAAAAAAGAUAAAGAACAUAAAAGUAAGCAUAAAGAGAAAGAUAGGAAUCAUUCAUCUAAAGAUUCUAAACAUAAGGUAAAAAAAGAAAAUAAUACAUCACAAAAAGAUACUGUUAAUAAAACUCCAACUAAGAAAAAAAAGGAAGAAGAACAACAAGAAGUAUGGAAAUGGUGGGAAGAAGAGAAGAAAGACGAUGGAGUUAAAUGGAAAUUUUUGGAACAUAAAGGGCCUAUAUUUGCCCCAGAAUAUGAACCUUUACCAAAAAGUGUAAAGUUUUAUUACAAUGGUAAACAUGUUGUUCUUUCUGAAUCAGCAGAAGAAAUAGCAACAUUUUAUGCAAAAAUGCUUGACCAUGAUUAUACAACAAAAAAAGUGUUUAACAAUAACUUUUUUAAAGACUGGCGUAAAAGUAUGACAGCCGAAGAAAAAGAAUUAAUAACUGAUCUUUCACUAUGUAAUUUUAAAGAAAUUAGUGUGUAUUUCACUAAAAAGACGGAAGAACGUAAAGCUAUGAGUAAAGAAGAAAAAAAGAAAAUCAAAGAAGAAAAUGAAGCACUGCAAAAAGAGUAUGGAUUCUGUACUAUUGAUGGCCAUAAAGAGAAAAUUGGAAAUUUUAAAAUAGAACCACCUGGGUUAUUUAGGGGGCGGGGUGAACAUCCUAAAAUGGGUAUGUUGAAAAAACGAGUAUUACCAGAGGAUGUUUUAAUCAACUGUAGCAAAGAUUCUAAUAUACCAAAACCUCCUCCAGGUCAUAAAUGGAAAGAAGUGAGACAUGACCACAGUGUUACAUGGCUUUGUAGUUGGAUAGAAAAUGUUCAAUCACAAGUUAAGUAUGUUAUGUUAAAUCCCUCUUCUAAACUCAAGGGUGAAAAAGAUUGGCAAAAAUAUGAGACUGCUAGAAGAUUAGCAAAAUCUAUUGAUAAAAUUAGGGAAAACUAUAUUAGUGAUUGGAAAUCUCGAGAAAUGAAUGUAAGACAGCGGUCAGUUGCUUUGUAUUUCAUCGAUAAAUUGGCGUUGAGAGCAGGAAAUGAAAAAGAUGAAGAUCAAGCAGACACUGUGGGUUGUUGUUCUUUACGUGUGGAACACAUACAGUUACACGAAGAAUUUAAUGACAAAGAGUAUGUAGUUGUAUUUGAUUUCCUUGGUAAAGACUCUAUUAGAUAUUACAACGAAGUACCUGUAGAAAAACGAGUUUUCAAAAACUUGAAGAUAUUCAUGGAAAAUAAAAAAGGUAGUGAUGAUUUAUUUGAUCGUUUAAAUACUUCAAUUUUAAAUCAACAUUUACAUGAACUUAUGGAUGGUCUAACAGCAAAGGUUUUCCGUACAUUUAACGCAUCUUGGACUUUACAGCAACAACUAGAAAAAUUAACUGAUCCAAAUGUGUCUGAAGCAGAGAAAGUUUUGCAGUAUAAUCGAGCAAACCGUGCUGUAGCUAUUUUAUGUAACCAUCAACGGGCUGUGCCCAAAACUCAUGAGAAAUCCAUGGGUAACCUAAAAGAAAAGAUUGAAACUAAGAGAAAACAGGUUAAAGAAGCUAAGGACCAGUAUAAACAGGCCAAACGGGAUGUGAAAGACGGUAGUGUUCAUUCCAAGGCACAGUUAGAUAAGAAGAAAAAAGCCUUAGAACGACUAAAAAGUCAGCUAACCAAAUUAGAAGUACAAGAAACUGACAAAGAAGAGAAUAAGACAAUUGCUUUGGGAACGUCCAAAUUGAACUAUUUGGAUCCGCGUAUAUCAGUAGCCUGGUGCAAGAAAUUUGAUGUUCCUAUUGAGAAGAUUUACAAUAAAACACAAAGAGACAAAUUCAGAUGGGCCAUUGAUAUGGCGGGACCGGAUUAUGUAUUUUAAUUUUGAAUGAAUUGUAACAACCCAGUUAGAUAAUAAUUAUUUGAUUUAAAACCUAUUUUACUUUUAAAUGUCGUUCUUUUUACUUAAUUUGUAAAUGAUAUUUUUACAUUAAACAUUGGAAUAAUCCAUUUUUUUUGUAGUAUAUCUUUAUUAAUCAUUGCAAAUGUCUUUUCAUAAACUCAGUAAUGACUUAAUAAACUCCUUUAUAUUGUAUUUUUUUUUUUACAAUUAUUAUUUCAUCCAUUAUUAUUAUAUAUUUUUUUUUUUUUUACCGUUGUACCUAUCCAUUUAGAAGACAAAUAUAAUUUUGUAAGGAUAUUUAUUGCUAGAUUUAAAUUUUUUUUUACUUAUUUUCUGAAUGUAAAUUGUGAUAAUGCUCUUGUAAAACGAUAAUAGGAUUUUGUAUAAUAUAAAUAGAAAAAUAGAAAACAAAUUGAAUCAUAUUUCGAUGUAUUGAUGUACUUUCAAGUAAUGGUGACUUUGUAUUAUUAUUAAUUUAUUACAAUUUUGUUUUAAUGAUGAAUAAUUUCCAUAAAAAGGUGGUUCUUCCAAAAAUUAAUUUCAAUUAGUUAUAAUUUCAUAGUUUGUGUGGCAGUUGUAAUAUUAAACUUAAGUCAUAACAUAAAACAAUUCAUUUUUUUAACCAAUUUUAAAUAAAUAUUUGUACUCAAAAAUACGAAGAAAAAUAAUAGGUAUCAUAAUUUUAUUUGUUAUAUAUAAUAUUAUGGUUUUAAAUGUAAUUAUUUCAAUUUGAUUAAAAAUAAAUUCAUUCAAAUUGUAUGCCGUUUUUAAUCAACCCUCUUCCUGAUUUAUGUUGCUUAUUGGUUUAUUAUUUUUCUUGUUUUUUAAACUCAAAAUGUCUUAUAAAUAUUUUUUUUUUAAUACAAAUUCUAAGAAAUUAACUUUAGAUGUGUAAACAACUACCUGAUAUAUUUAUAAUGGAUCAUUAGUUAUUUUGGUUUGCUUACAUACAAAGUAUCCUACAGUGUUAUCUUUAUGUUAAUAACUAUCUAUAUUAAUUUUUUUUUAAUCUGGUUUUGCAUGAGGACACGUUUUAGAGAAAAAUUAAGUUACUUUUUUUCCACUUUUUAAAAUGUUCAAAAUAGCCAUUUUAUAAAAUAUAUUAUUCUAAAAAUCUUAAUGUAUCACAUUCAUAUGCAAUUUAGUUUCUCAGUUAUAGUGGCUUUAAUAUAUAUAAAAUAGGUGUGAAAACAAUAUUUAAUAGCCGAUAAGGAAUUAACAUGCUGAUUAUAAUUCCUUAUUGUGUAAAGUGUUAUUCUAUUGAAAAUUAAUUGUUUUCACACCAAUUUUCUAGAAAAUUAAUUGUUUUCACACCAAUUUUCUAGAAAGUUAAAAUUGCUAUUUCUAAGGAACUAUUGAUCGGAUAUGAAUGUAAGGUGCAUUUAUAUGUUUAGAAUAAUAUAUUUUAAAAAAUAGCCAUUUUGAAAAUAUUGUGGUAGAAUAAAAAGUUAUUAUUUUUUUUUUAAUAAUUAAAGGAUGAAAAUAAAAAUUUAUUUUUUCUCUACAUAUGUCCCCUUUGCACAAAACCAGAUUGAAAAAAAAAAUGAAUAUUGACAGAAUUAUAAGCAUACCGAUAACACUGUAGGACACCCUUUAUACAUGUGUGUAAUGUAUACAAAAUAUAUUGUCACUGAUUACAUAUUUUAUAAUAGAUCCUCAUAUAGAUUUAAUUAGUUUAUAUAUUAUACUUACUAUGCACUUUGUACUUGAUUGGUAAAUAAUAUGUACUGGAUUUAUAUUUCACAUAUUCUGUUUUUAGAAUUUGCAAGUUCAGAUUUUAUAAUCUAAAAAUCCAUUUUUUUCGAGGGGGCGGGGGAGGCGAAUAAAAUUUAAAUUUUCUAACCAAAUUAUUAUCACUCGUAUUACUAAAGUUUCUAUAGUUCUUGUGUUGUAUCCAAAUAUGAUGCUUUUAUUGGCCGCUAUAAAAUAGCACUUUGAAAUAUCGUACUAUGAAUAUAGUAAUAGAUUUUUUUUUAGUAAAUAAUGUAUUUCAACACUGCAUAAUCUUUAGAGGUUUAGUUAAUAGCGAACCAGAUCAAAAUAUCCUUCCAAAGAAACCGGAUCUAAAUCUGAAUGUCUCCUUACCUAUCCUUAAUCGUAAUAAUAGAACCAGUUAUAAAUAAGUUCAAUUUUGAUUGAUGUAUAUUAGAUAUGAUGUAGAUAUUAAUACACUCGUAGAAUAAUUUGUUAUGUCGUAUUAUGGUUAACUGAUAUUUCAUAACACUAAAGUAAAGUUUUGUUGAUAAUUAUUUUCUAUAGGUAUAAGAUAAGUAGGUCUUUAAUGGUCUUCAACGUACCAACAAGCUUUGUAGGAAGAAUGAAACAGUGAGUUGGUAAACUAAAAAAAAAAAAAAUAAUAUCGAAUGAUUUAAAUUAAACUCAUAGUGUUGUUUUUAGGAAGUUAUAACCAUAUAAACCUUAUUUAAUUUAAUUUCAUAAAUUUCAUAAUAAUAUAAACGGUAAUGAUAUUAAAAAAGUCGUGGGCCUCGCGAAAUCAUUCAAAAGCUCGCCAAAAGAAAGUAUUGAUUAGCAAUUAGUUUGCAAAAUAUUGACAUACUUUUCGAAUUGAUCGGACAAAGUCAGGGGGGGGGGAGGCAACUUCAGAGACGUUGUGGCCGUAAUGGGUUACCUACCUGAUUUAUUAACAAUAUGACUAUAAUAUAUACAUAUGAUGCCUAUCUUAUCAUCUAUAUUUUAUUUUUUUAUUUUUCAGCAUAUUUUGAUACCUAUUAUUAGUGAAUAUCUGUCCUAAUUAUCCUGAAUCGUAUCUUGUAAAAUUUAACGAUAAUUUCUCUAAUAGUUAUAUUUGUACAUGACGUAAUAUCUAAUAAUAACAUAAUAUUAUUGAUAUAUUAUUAUAUAGUGUAGCACAUUUAUAUAGGUAGGUACCUAGUAUUUUUCUUUAAUUGAACAACGUGUGAAAAUCAGUUUUACGCAAAACAGCUGCAGAUAACAGUUGUGGUUUUAUUAGUGUUCGAAUUUUAUAUUGCACAUAGGCAACUUGCUUAAUAAAUUAGUUUUUAAAAACUCGAACAUCCACACGAAGCUAUACGUAUGGGUUUACAGGAUGUCCUACGAAGACCUGACAAAUGAAAUAACUUUUGUUCUGUUAAACAUUUUUAAAAUGUUUACUUUUUGUAAUACUUACUUAGAACCUUGCACUGUAAUUAUAUUUUAUAUAUAUUUUUUUUAAAAUUUAAAAUAUAUAUUGUUUUCAUUGUCAUUUAGAUUCAUCUUAAAUCGCGGACACUUCUAAAUAACACCAAUUUAUUCACCAAUUUUUCCGUGAAAAAUAAUUUUUGUAAACUUUAAAAAUUUGUAGAAACUUAACGAUUCAUCAUUAGUUAAUGUACGUAACAUCAAAAUUUUGUUUUUAAUAUUUAUUUAGAAAAUGAUUAUUUUGGAAUUUGUAAAAACAAUUAAAAAUAAAAAAAUAUAAAAUAGUCUUCAUAGCGCAAGGGUCUAGUAAAUUUUUUAAAAUGUUGUACAGAGCAUGUCAAAUCUCCGUGAAACACUCUGGAUUAUAGUAUUAUAAUGUAUUAACCACACUAAUAGGCGUACCUCAGAAACAAAGAUAAAUCUUUACUGAUGAUGGUUACUUUUCCGUCAUGUUCUAGUCAUCGUGUAGAAUUACGCUAUCAUAAGAGUAGUAUUGCUUGAUUUGUAUUUUGUUUUUUUUUUUUUAUACGACGUAUUACUCUACUUCCACAUUCGUUUGAUUGUGAAAUAUUUUAAAUUUUGCUCGCACAAAUACAAAAAAAAAAAAAACAAAACGUAAUAAGUACGCACUUAUUGCAGUAAAGCUAUUUUUAUAUGUACCGGCUUGCGUUUAUUGCUCGUAUUAUAAUAUUAUACUAUUAUAAUAUUCUAUAUUCUCCUCUCAUGGUCCUCGGCCAUUUUGUUUGGAUUUUUUUUCCAAUAGUAUACACAAUACACCUGGGUACUCUUUGGAACAAAAUCAAAUUGCUUGAAUAUUAAGUCAUUCGAAAUUGCAGCUUCUUUGUUGUUGAUCUGAAAAUAUAAUAUUUGUCUGUAAAGUCAAUAGAUGAUGCUAAUCAACUUGGAUCAGAUUUAGAUUUAUUUUUAGAGUUGUUUUCUCUGAAAAAUUUGUCCUUAAAUAGCCAUUACAAAAUGCAAAUCGAUGAUCUUUAUUGAAAGGUACAGAUUUGAUGAUAAUAUAGUAAUAGGUAAUCUACUAGACGAAAACGGAUCGCUUUAAAGACUUGGAUGUUAUUUUUGAUUAGAAAAAAACUUUUCAUUAAUAUUUUGCUUACAUAAAAAGUAAGGCCUUUAAAAUGGUUGGAUUUAUUUGUCGUUGUUGUUGUAUUUUUUUUUAAACAUCCCGCUUAAUAAAUUAUUCAUUUUCUAUUGUUAGUAUUCUUGAAUUGUAUAGUUUAUAGCUAUAUACUAAUAUACUAAUAUUAAACGUAACCACAGUACCACAAUAUUCUUGAAGGAAUCAAGAAUCAUUUUUAAUGGUUUUCGUGCUCUUAGUGUAAUAUUUUAAGAUAAAAUUAUCCAUAUGAGCUUUUAUUUCAAGUUUUAAAAUAAUAUGAUGCUGAAAGCCCGAUACAAAUUUGCGUUUUUGGACUCGGGUUUUAAAUUCCCAUUGCCGGGUUAGGUGCAGUAGGUAAAUAUUCUUUAAUUUAUUCAUGAUUAUUGUUAUUAUUAUUUACUAUAUCAUUUCCUAUUGAUAAUAUCUGGUUCUAUAUUAUAGUUUUCGAUUUUUCACAGUUAACAAUAAUUAAAUCGCUAAAUGCAGAAAGGACAUAUGUUCAGAUUUUAAAAUGUUUCAAGAAAGAUAAAAACUCCUUAAGCAUUUAGAGUUUUAUAAUAUUUCAUAAAAUGACCGAAGUAAUUUGCUGAUGAUAUCAACACUAAUAUUACCUAGUUAUUAAUAUGGAUUAUUUUUUCCAGUGAUAUUAAUGUAUUUUGAAAAAUGUAAAUAUUGAACGUGUGCCUUUUUUGCAUUUAUCGAUUCAAUUUUACAUAGUUGAAUACGUUGCACGUGUGUUUUUGUCUUUAGUAAUUGAUUAUUGUACUUGGGGGGAUCGUUUUGGUUACAUAAUAAUAAUAAUAAUAAUAAUAAUAAUAACAUAAUUUUAAUAGUUUUAUUUUUCUUGGUAGCCUGCAUCUGUAACGUCAAAAAAUAAGGUCUAUUCGAAUAUAUGGACGGAAGAAGAGAAGUUACAGUUGUCCGAAGCCAUUGACAUGUACGGGAUUCAGAAUCUGAAAAAACUGACGGAACGAGUGCCGACCAAGAAGCGCCACCAAGUGGAGUUCAUGUUAGCACAACUCAAAAUUGAUUAUCGUAGGAUGGUCCAGUGUUACGACAUGAAUACGCUUUCGUUCGUUGACCUGGACUUGGUGGACGAAUUGUUCCUGGUCGGCGGUACCAAGCCCAAGGAAGCGAUGGUCAAGUGGAUGGAAUACCUAGAUUCUUUUUAUAUGAAUGAUGAAUCCAAGUUUAACAAAUUCAAACUGUUUUCCAAAGCUUUUCUGAUCAUGUCCGAGUGCUCGACAGAGCCGGAAACCCACGAUCAGGAGAACGACCAAUCCAUCAGCUUCAGGUAUUUUUUAUGUAAUUAUUUGUAGGAAAUCCCAUAUCGCCCAUAUUAAUAUUAUAGAAAAUGUGACUAUUAAAGUCCCCUCAUGUGAAACUAUAGGCUUGUAAAACUGUCUGUAUACCGAGUAUUAUAGGAAUCUUAGCCAACCGUGAAUUCCGCCCUGGGUAUAGGUAACACAAUUUCACAUGUGAUACGUGUCGCUGUAUGCUAAUGCUUUUAAAUUUAUUAUUUUUCUAUCAUCAUUCUGCAUUUAAAAGCUCACCGUCUUCCCCUCCAAUACUCCCUUAAAAUCUAGUGCUCUCUCUCUCGAGGAACCGAAAUGCUUCCUAUAGGGGGGCGGUACAGUCCACAUUAAGAAUCACUGUCUUAGUAUAUCAUAUUUGGGAUAGGUAUAGACAGAUAAUAUAGUUUUAUAAUACAUUUAUCCAUAAAAUAAACUCGUCCAAUUUAAUAUGUAUAGAAAAACAACCGAAGUAGCACGUAAUACGAUCCGAAAUAUCAUAAAAAUACUUUUUUGAGAGGGAGGGUUGUGAGUGAUUAGGGCCGCGCCACACAUAGCGGUUAAAAUAUGGCAUUUCAACUGCCAUGACUAAAUGCAACCAAACUAGGCGUUUCGACGCGCUAUACAAAUACAAAUAAAAUAUAUGACGACUUGUAUAUUGUCGUAUAGUAGUGGCGCUUUCAUUUCCUAUAUAAUGUUCAGCAGACAUAGGUACCUACAUCUUAUAAAUUUAGAUUCUGAGUGGAGCGAAGAACAAGGGCGUCAUUUCAGUAUUUUUUUUGGGGUGUGCGAGAUGUCAAGCAGGCCAUCAUAAAUAUUUCACCAGGCCACAUAAAAAUAUGCAUAUAAGUAUUAUGUACUUAUUAUGUGUAUCAUUUUUCUUUUGUUUCAAUAGAUUAUGAAUCGCAUUAAAUAUUAAAAGCUAUUUAAAGUCUAGAAAAUAAUAAAUAAUUGAUACUUUACCAGUGAAAAUCAAUGAUUAAUGCAUACAAAUAUGAAUUAUUGAAGAUAAGAAAUGCUUUACGAAAAAAGAAGAAAAGCACACAAUAUGUGUAUAUUUUUAUUUGCAACAUUUGCACUAAUAAAGGCUCCAAAAAAAAAAAAAAAUUAUAUUUAUACAAGAGGAUAUAGGUGCUGACGAUUUUCAAGUCCAGUAAAUACAUCUACAGUUUUUUCUAUAUCGUUAUUAUUUACUUCUUCUUUUUAAAUAUUUAGCACCAUAAGAUCAUUUAGCCUUUAAUCAUCGCCUAUAAAAGUGCGUGAGUACAAUUUUACAUUUUUAAUCAAUUAAAAAACCUUUCAUUCGAUGCCAUUGUAAUUGGUAAAAAUCGAUGUUUCUUUUACCGUUUACCGCAAAGUUAUCCAACUUUGACCGUGAAUAAGUUCCUCAUCUCUAUCUGUAUUCUGUAGGUGUUAGGUAUGUCUGAUUGAUUAUAAAAUACACGAUAGAUUCAUGAUAAAUUAUUUAGAUACUCAAUUACUACUAUUGAUACGAUAUUUGUUUAUUGACAGUAAAAUACCAAUAUUGUUAAUAUAAAAAUAUAAUUUGAUUUCAGUUAAAUAAAAAAUGGUGCAUUAUUUAAGUAGGCCAAUUGGGGCUAUUUUAAAAGUAUAGGGUGCAAUCGCACACCCUGUUCCCCCCAAAUGACGCCCCUGGUGAAAAAGCUUAUGGUUUUACAAAGAUUUGUAUUUAUUUAUUUAUUUUUUUUUUAUCUGUGGACAACUUUUCUACCAGAAAUUUUGUUCCGAUUUUUAAAUGUAGCACCUUUUCUGAAAGGAAGUCAGUGUGGGGAGAAACUUUAGGUGGCGAUUUUUAUAUUUUCUUAGAAGUUUUCUUAUCAAAUGUGAAAAACUGAAAAAACAGAAGAAAAACAGGAAAAUCGGAAUAUUAAAUAAAUUGUAUUAAAGAAAAUAUAUAAUGCCUAUUUAAUUAUUUUACUAUAAUAUGAUAUAUAUAUAUUGUUGAAAAACCAUCAUUAUCUAAUGAACUCCGCUCAGAAUCGAUUUUUCGUAAGUAAUGAUUUAUUGUUGCUUACAGAUAUACAUUAAAUUCCUCUUUGUAUCCUACCUUCCCAAUUUCUCACCACCAAUAGUGAAUGCAUCCAUCGUACGAAGUAUGUCCGUCUUUUUAUAACUGAUAUAACUUUAUAGCUAAUUCAAAGGAUAGCCAGUUUUUUGAAAUUCUUUGUAUGACAGAAGCUGCAAACGAACUUUGUGAAGUUCAAAGCGACCGGAAGUACUGGGUUCAUACUGUACAUUUAUGCCAUAGUACCCAUAGUUUUAUUUAUAUGCCUUAUUAAACCUUAUAGUUUCAUCGACCCUUCUUAUCUCGCUCCUAGUUUUAUAUCAUUUUUGUUCCUAAAACCGUGUUUUUCAGAAACGUGUACUAUUUCCUGUAUCGCAUGUUUAAUGACUUCCAUGUGAAGAAAAAGAAUAAUACCGAUUUAAUUACGAGAAAAUACUUGUACGAUACGUUUAGACGCGUGUUGGACGACAUUGAGUACUCGUCCGACGGCGAGAAAAUGGCAAUGUACAACAUUGUGAAAAACUGGACUAGCAUCAACAGGAUAAAAACUUUAAAAGUCUACGGGAAAACUGAGCUUCAAACUGAAAUUGAGGAAGUAGGAGUAAGUAAUUUGUAUUUAUCUAAAGGUGAUCCGUCUAUCACGAACUAGUGAAUUUUUCAGUGAAUUUGAUUUUUGUUAUUUUUUUUCAAUUAUUCAUCGUUUAAGCUUUAUUUUAAUACCUUAUACCUUAAAUGAGUAUACUUACCUAUACAUUUAAUGUAUACAUAUAUGAUAUAUAUGUACCUAUAUAUUUGAUAUAUAUAUAUAUAUAUAUAUAACCUCCAGUCCCAUUUUUAAACACAAUUCAAAUAAAAAAUAUUAAUUGUCCUACAUAAAAGUCAAAAAUAUUUAUUUAUCUAAAGCAUAAGGAAUAGUCAGGGCUAGAUUUAGGGAUGGGGGCCGGGCCCCGGGCUUCCACUUGCAUCCAAGUAUCAAACACAAUAUAAUAUUUGAAAAAUAGAUUUAAAUCACAAUUUGAAUAAAAAUGUUCAAUCGUUGAUAUUGUCAUACACGUAUAAAUUAAUAAAAGUGAGUAGCGAGUUUACAAAUAUAAAUUUAAAAUCGAACAGUAAUAGUUGUAAUGUAAAUACUUACUUGGGCAUUUUGUAGAUGUUUUAAAUAAUUUCGAAACGAUUUAAUGAAAUUUGUGCUUCGUAUUUUAAAUAAUUUGUACACUCUAUCAAGUCGUAUAAAAUCUUUGCGUCGCCGUCGAUGAUUGAGAGUUUGCAGUUUAUUGUGGAAACGUAACACGUAAACGUUAAUAUUAUUAAAAUAUUUACUAAAUUUAAAAACUGCUGAAAAAUUACUAAUAAAUUAAUACGAAUAUCUUUCGCUCUAUUAUUAGUGCCGGGUUCAGGGUUGUUUAUAUCGCAUCGCAUUUUUUAAAAUUAUUAUUAUUAUUAUGUUGAUAUUUUAAUGUAAAUAUUUUCUGAUUAUACUUUUUAAUUAAAUACUUAUUGUUUCGCGGCGAAUCUUAGUAUAUUAUAAUCUAAAUUCACUCGUAACAAUAUAUUAAAUAUGUGUAAUCGAAAAAUAAUAUCUACUUCUAAGGGUGGGUCCCGGGCCCCCGCAUCCCUAAAUCCCUGGGAGUAACGUUGGACGAUUGAAUGAAAAUAACGUUAAAAUAAAACAGGAACAAUUAUAUAAUCGAAGAAAAAAAAAAAGAAAAAAAAGAACAGACAUUAAUAAAUUCACUUAAAAUCCUCCGUGAAAAUCACCGGUACGCUAUAAUUAGAUCAAUAAUACGCGUACAAACCUAAUAGUUAUUGUGCGCCUUUGUCCUUUUGCCAUACACAUUCAUUUAGAGAAUUCGCCGAGCGCGCGUGUACAUCGGCAAGCGGCCAGCGGCGCGCCGGAAAAACAAUUUCGGACCCGUAUAGUUCAAAUGAGAGUGUGUACAUCGAUUGCUAGCGGUGAGCGGUAGCGGCGCGGCGUGUCACAAGUCAAACACGUUAGAAUUUCGCCGUACGCCGUUCGCUCAUGACGUGUUUAUUACGGUACAUCAUCAAAUGUAAAAACAGUCCCGGUUAUCUAUUUCUGGCCCCGAUAAUGGAUAUAAGCGAUGUACAUCAAAACUACAAUCGUCAAUUGACAAUUCGUAAAUCGGAAUACGGUAUCGACGACGAUGUUCACCAUACACCAAUCUGCGGCGAUCAAUGAGACGAAUACCACCUCCCCCGCUCCCCUUUUUGUUUUAUUUUCUAAACAAAUUGUAUUCCGUAAAGUGCGUUUGCCCAAUAACAUCGAUAGACGGUUUACCGACGUGAUUAUAAUUUGGAGUAUGAAACCAAAACGAUACUGAAAAUACGAUAUUAUGCAUUUAUAUUUUAUACCAAGCCCAACACAUUUCGUCUCGCCGCUCGUCGCUCACCGCUCACCAAUGUACACGCGGCCUUACGGUACCCCGUGUUUUCCUUACGAUCGAGUUUUACAUUUUUCGAAAACAUCUCGUUUAUUGACUGUGCCGCGUCUUUCUGUUUCUACCACUCCACUGUACGCAAACAUUUUUAUUUUGUUUAACACGCACUUCUUGACACAUAGACACCUAGUAAAAUGUUCGAUUAAAUACUGAAAACAAAUACGGGUUUGUUCUAGACAUUUCACAAAAUAAAAUUGUACACAUAAUACACUUAUUCUAUAAACAAUCACCCCGACUAAUUUUUAAAUGAUCACGGUAUCUAUCUCUACAGAGUUGAAUGUUGAACGGUAAUUAUUUUAAUUUCAACCGUUGUUUAUUGUAAUUUUUUCUUAUGGCUUUUUUUUUUUUUUUCAAAUUUAUAUUUUGUGUAAUUGUAUUUGUAUUUAGUAUUCUCGAGCACGGUCUUAGAUUAUCUAAGUUCUCGAAUGCACUUCUUUUACUUUUAAUACACCUACCUAGAAUACUAAGUAUAAACCUAUAUGGCUGUUUAUACCAUAAAAUAAAAUAUAGUAUAAUCCAACCAUUCCUAAUAAAUGGGAAUAUAACUGUAUUGAUAUUGAUAUAUUAUUGUGCAUUUGCUAUUAUAAUGCAUACAUUUUAGAUUCGGAACGUAACGAGGAAUGUAGUGGUUUUACAAUGUUUUUUUUUUUUUAAUCUGAACAACUUUUCUACCAAAGAUCUUGCUCUGGUUUUCAAGUGCAGCAUCUUUUCUGAAAAGAAAUUUUAAUAAUUUGGUACAUUUAGGGAGGUGACUUUUUGAUUUUCUAAGUGGUUUCUAUAAUAAAUAAGAAUAACCGGGAAAAAUGUAUGUACACGUACAAAAGAAACUUCGCGCCGUUUCGUUUUUCGUUAGCAACGGUUUAUCGUCGCGUACAGAUAUAAAUUAAAUUCCCCUCUAUAUUCUACCUUAUCAACUUCUCACCUACAACAGUAGUCCACCCAUCGUGCGAAGUAUAUCCGUCUUUUUUUUACAAAUUUAAUCAAUUAAAUUAGGUAGGUACCACAGUUAUCUACUGGAUAACCGUAGAAUAGGCUAAUAUGAGUUGUAUAACUUUUUAAAAUUGAAAAUAUUCAUACAACAUAAUACAAUAUUAUCAUUCUGUUCUCCGUAAUAAUAAUAUAUAUUCACAUGCUACCUACUCAUAAUUUUCAUUGUUUUUUUAUUUUAUUUUAAUUUUAAACACGCACUAUAUAUACGAUAAUUUACUUCUGAGCUGACCUUGUGCUCUUUAACUACUUACAUAUUAUUAUGUACAGGUAAGUUUUCUGCUUUGAGUCUGUAUAAUAAUUAUUAUGUAGCAUGUGCAACUAUAAAAAUAAAAAAGACGUCCUAGGAUAAUGGGGUCGGUUGCAGCCACUGUUAUAUGUAGUUUAAUGUAUAUCUGUGAGCAACGAUAAACCAUUGCUAACGAAAAAACGAUUCUGAGCGCAGUUCAGUUAGUAGCGCUUUGUCAACAAUAUAUAUGUCAUAUUAUGGCAAAAUAAAUAGGCAUUAUAUAUUUUCUUUAAUAAUAUUUGUUUAAUAUUGUACCGAUUUUCCCAUGUUUUUUCCCGAUUUUUCCCAUUUAUUGGGGUAUUUUUCAAUUAAAAUAGUCCGAGGAAGCAAUGGGCUUGGGUCUCUAGGUAUACCCCUAAAUACAUUUGUUUUUGGAAAAUCAAAAAAUGACCUCUCAAAAGUACCAUUUGGACAACAUUCUCGUUCAGAAAUGGUGCCGCGCGUAUAUAUCUGAGCAAGAUUUAUGGUCGAAUUUUUGUACACAGUAUGAAAAACAAAAAAAAAAAAAAUGAAAGAAAAUAAACAUCAUAGUAAAUACAUUCUUCGCUACACCCAGAAUCUAAAACAACUACGGCUUUUCUCAAUAUUGAUUUUUAUGUUAGGUCAUUCUUUUUUUUUAUAUUGACCGCCAUCAAAUAUUUAUUAGAACUUAGAUUACAAUUAAUUUAUAUGCAUUUUGAAUUUUAUUACAUAGCUAUGUUUGGAGACUGACAAGUUCAAGGUGUUACAUCAACCGAUGAUACCGUGUUUCAAUCCAUUCCGUAUGAAGACUAACAUCAAAAACUCUGCAGAUAUUCAUCAAUAAAUUAAUCGCAUUAAUGUUGAAAAUUGCUAUUUUUAUAUAUUACACUGUAGUUGUUAAGCUUUUUGCACAUUGCAUUAUACAUUGUCUAAUCAAUUAAUACACGUGCGUAUAAUAAACUAUUAAAAGUAAUUUUCAACUA